AUGCGAGUUUUGGAAACCAAAUGUGAUAAUACCGAAGUGGUAAUUGAUGAGAAGGAGAAAAAAACAUCUUCGAUAUCAUCGGUGCCAUCUUCAGAGCGUCGUUCAUCACUUCAAUGUCAUACUCUACGACAAGAAAACAUGCCAAGUUCAAAGGAUAAGCCAUCAGCACCUUCAGAAUAUAUUUAUACUGAAAUUGUUAAAGCAAUCGGCAAUAAUGAAUUCAUUGAAGAGAAACGGCUACUUAAACGAGCCAGUUGGGGCCCAACUGCACAACAAGAACAUGGAUUACCACCGACAGGCAGACGUUCAGAUAAUGAACAGACAACAACAACAACAACAACAACAACAGCGACGACAACAUCAAAUAGGAAUGCUACUCGAGUACGCAUGCGACCUAAAGUAACAAGAUAUUUUCAACCGCAACAACAACAACAACCACGUUAUCAACAGUUUCUUUUUGGAAGACCUCUUUCACUUAAUGAACGAUAUGACCGUCCUUUACUUGAUGCUCCACAAAAGAAACUUCCAAAUUCAUCCUUGAAUCAUCAAAAUAAUGAUAAUUUUUCAAAUAAACGGCAUGAAUCUUCAUCUUCGAUUUCACCCUUAUCAGUUGAUACAAUAACACAAAUCGCACCACGCGCAUUAUCUCCAAUGGACAGUAAUGAUUUUGCAAGUGACACAUCGGCUGCAUCAUCAGUAACAACAACAACAACAACUAAUACACUAACAUCUAUAUCUUCAAUUAUUCCUUCUCGUACAUCACGUCGAACAAGUUUCAACAAUAUUGAACGAAUUCAGUCACCAACAAAACGUCCAUUAUUAAGUGAAUAUCAACAAAAACAUUCAACACGUAUCGAUUACAAAUCCUUGCCACCAGCAAAUACCGUUUCUUCAUCGUCUCCAAUUUCUCCUUCUGCGUCUAUAACUUCUUUCACUUAUCCAAAAGGUCAUGAACAGUCAUUGUCAUCUACCAAAGGGUCAUCGCUAAAUCAAUAUCCAGAGUUUACUUCGCAAACAUUAACUGCUGAUACAUCACGAAACAACAUUGGUCCUACAGCAACAAUAACGACAUGUCGUAUAAUGACUAUGUCAAUGUCACCUAAUCGCUAUCAUAAUCAAACGCGUUCAGCAAAGGCUAUCAUCACCUCAUCUCAAAUAUCUCCAACAACAAACGUCACAAUCACGACAAACAAUGGCGAUGGAUUAAAGCCACCAGAGCACCAAGAUCAAAAAGAAUCGACAAUGGUUUGUAGUAAUGGUUGUUUAAAAUCACCGACAAAUACAAAUACAAAUAAUAAUAAUCGUAUAAAAAAGUCUGUUCAUUUUGACUGGCAUUUGCCUAAGGAGAUUUUACGGUCACGAUCACCAAUACCGGUCGAUACAGAUUGUAUUAGUAAUUACGAACAGACGGUUACAAUUGCGUCUUCAUCUGCAUUGUCCCAUGGUAAUGGUAAUAGCGUCGACAAUGACGAACAAAAGAAACGAUAUGAUGAUCAACGUGAUGUCGGGGCAUUGAGAGAAAAAGAGAGAAUUGAAACAACGAGCAGGACAAUCACUACUAACCCGCUGACCACCACAACUACAAAUGUUCGUUCUUUUUCUCUUUCUCCAUCACCGCUAUCGAAACGAGAGAGUAGCGAUAGCCGACCCUGCAGGGAAGAAGAAAAAGAAAAUGUCGACGAACCAUACUGCACUACUUCUCAACGAGUAACAACUGCUGCUCACCUUCAUUGCACUAUUACCGCUGCUACAGUCACUUUCAAUGACGGUAGCAACAACGUCUCGCAAAAAAAAGAAUCGAAUGGCACAAACAAUUUCAAUGCAAAUUUAUUAAAUCGGCAAACAUCAUCAUUUGAUAAACCUAUGCCAUUAAAUAGUUUACUUGUAAAAACAUCUUCACUCAAUACAAUUAUUAAUCCACAACAAUCACCAUUGCCAUCAUCGUCAUCAUCAUCAUCAUCAUCACCUUCAGCAGCAACAACAACAACAACAACAACAAAAGCUAAAAAACUGCUAAGUAAUGGUUUUCUUAAUUUUAUUGGUCGAUCCAACAGCAGUAAUAACAAGUCAUCAAAAUCGACCGAAGAAAACAAACAAUUGCGACGUGCAUCGUCCACUCAACUACGUGCCCAACGAAAGGCUAAACAGCAGACAACAUUAACAACAAGGACAAACGGAAAUAAGCGCCUUAGUACGGAUGUUGAAUCUCUUCUUCCUGUAUCUUCGAUCAACAGCAAUCAUUGCGAAAUAUCAAAAGAAGAUAUUCAUAAAUUUGACAAGGUUACAGCAAAUAACAAUAACGAACGACAAUCACUGAUUUCUCUUGUUUCAACAUCAAUCGACAAGAACAUCAAUGGUACUAGUUCUUCUAGCAUCGAUUCAUCAAUACCACCGUGUACAAAUACUAGUAUUAAUAACACUUCAUUAUCAAUGUCAACCAAAUCGACUACAACAACCAUUAUUAAACCUGAUGAAGGUGAUUCGUUAAAUAAUGGUCUGCUCUUUCGACCGGUAACUGACCCCAAAUGUGACUAUGUUCUACAUGAUCAUCAAAAAACAAGUAAAGAACCAUUCUUUCUUUCGCCAUCAAAAUCAUCAGGUAAUGGAGAUGAAUCUACUGUGAUUCAAACAUCGACACUUAUCAUUUCUACACCACCACAAUAUCACUACUAUCUUUAUCCGCCAGUUAAUAACACAAAUAUUUUAUCGUCAUCAUCAUCAUCAUCACCGUCUUCAACAUCCUCGUCAUCCUCAUUGUCGUCUUCGAAAACAAAUCCAAAAAUAAUGUUAACAACGAAUCGUACAAUAUCAAAUGUUAGUAUCAAUAGUGUUAGUACGAAUUCAUCUUCAUCAUAUCGAUCAUUUGAAUCUCAAUCUCAAACGCAUGAUAAUGAAUAUCAACAAUCAAGUCAAAAUCCUCCUAAUUGUGACGAUGACACAGUAUCUCAUUUAACUUAUUCAGUUGCAAAUAAUAAUAAUAAAACACGUCAAAAACGAGUUAUACAAUCAGCACUAAUUGAUUGGAAAAUGAAAUCAUCAUCAGAAAUAAACCAUGAUUCAGCCAUCGUCGCCACGGCAACAACGAAACCAGUUAUACUAUCAGAUUCUGUUCAAGCUUUUUGGCCUCCACCACCUUCACCAUCGAUAUUAGAUAAAGAUUCUGAAUUAACAAUAACAAAUAGUAGUAGUACUAUAACUGAACGACCUAAACAAUCGGAAUCAAUACCUAUACCAAAUAAUAUGAUUAGUUCAAGUUCUCACAAUGAUUCAAUAAAUGUCAAUCACAUUGAUAUAUUAUCAACGAAUGAAGAAAUUGGAUCUUACUCUGAACAACAUACAUUUACUAAUGGUUGUCUAAGAAAUGCGAGUCACACGUCAUUAGAAGAUACACAAGCAUCAUAUACGGAACGUUUACGUGAAAAAUCUCGUUCAAUUCCAAUGAAUGGAAAUAACGAUAUGUUUUCUUAUUUAACCCGAUCAAUAUCAAAAGAUGCGCUACAUAAUUGUCAUCUACGUCCAAAUACAAAUUUAACGAUAACAGAAUUUCCACUAACAAAUGAAACUAUCGUGAGACCAAAAUCAGCUAGUCAACAAACUAGAACAUCAUCUAGUAGUACAUCACAACAACAACAAAAACAACGAGAAAAUUCCGAAAAUGAUUUUCAAUCAAAACGAGAAUUUUUUGAAAAUCGAAUCUAUACGGAUAAUAUAUCAACAAAUUCUUCUUUAACAUCAAUUCCAGCAAAUAUAUUGCCAACUAAGCCUAAAAUUUAUACUCUAUCGCCUUCAAGUUCACAAAUUAAUAACACUAGUUUUCUACAACACGCAACAAUAAAUAAUAAUGCUCAACGUAAUAUAACAAGACGUUCAUGGAAUGAUUUAUCGUUCAGACAAUUACCACCCACACCAUCGCCCCCUUCGUCUGAACAAUAUUUUGAUGCAGUAUCCAAUCCCACAUCAUUUCCUCCACCACCAACUAUUCGAAAGCCAGUUCGCCUUGUUAAAACAGCACAACAAUGUCCAUCGCCGAUCAAUGAACUGUUCUCAACCAAUCGUCCGUUAGCAACACCGAAAACUUAUUCACUUGCUAAACCCGGUCUUUUUUCUGCUUCACCAGUAAACUCCUAUCAAAAGUUGCCCAAUAAAUCUUCGAAUUCUUUUCGGCGUUUUCAACCACGUGACGAAAAUGAUUUGCAAUUUAAUUUAAAAGAAUUUGCUUUACGUUAUUCACAUAAUAAUUCAUUGAGUGAAUUACAACGUUUAAUGUUAUCCAAUAAACAACAUCUCAGUACGGAUUUUACUCGUGGAUUAUUUCCCAUUCCAGAUCGUUUGAGACGUAUACGUUCACGACAAAGUUCAGGUGGUGAUACAAGUUCAAUAACAACUUCAAGUAAUUCAUCAUCGGAUUAUAUUCAUCGAACAGUAUCGAAUGAUAGUUGUAUUUUUGAUGAUGAUACCUGUCGACAAGUGGAUGAUUUAUUAACAAACUUGAAGAAGCGUCGACAAAUUUUAAAAGAAAAUCAACGAACAAUCAACGAAGAAAUCGAAGAUAAUAAAAACCUGGGUAUUAAGCUAUUAAAUAUUAUCGAAUCUAAUGCUGAAUCAAGCGAAAUCGAAAAAUUUAAAUUACACAUUGACGAAAUCGAUACAAUAACAUCAAUACUUCUCAAACUUAGUACUCGAUUAGCUAGAGUUGAAAAUGAUCUAUUAAUGAUUUCCAGUAGUAAUGAACAUACAAAGGCAUCUCUAAUCGAACGACGUGAAAAAGCUCAACAAAAACAUGAUGAAGCAAAAUCUUUGAAAGAUGGCAUUGAUCGUCGUAGUCGUACAGUAACAAAUAUUCUUCGAAAAUAUUUUUCUAAUGAACAAUACGAUGAUUAUGAACAUUUUAUACGAAUGAAAUCAACAUUAUCAUUGGAUGCAAAAGAUCUCGAAGAAAAUAUUUCAACGACUGAAAAACAAAUUGAAAUUCUAAACCAUAUUUCAUUAUCAGAUUUAUCAACAUCGAAUAAUGCCGAAAGUAGUCUACAAACGAAUUCUUUUCAUGCUAUAUCGAGCACGACCUAG